AUGUCAGACAAGCAACUGCACGGUAAGGCUCUCUAUAUAAAGAGGUCAGAGGCUCAGACCAGGGUUGUGCGCAAAAAUUUUCGCGUUGAAUUUUUCAAAUUUUUAAAACACGCCAAACGCAAAACGCCAAAAAUCGGCCAAAAAUGGACGCCAAACGCCAUUGCCGCUCAGUCCUGGCUCCGACAUAUCCCUGUCAAUCUCCCCAUCUUAUCCCAAACACUGGGAUCACUUCUAGAUGGAUUAACAAGGGAUUGGGAUAUCUGGGAAGGUUGUGGUUUCUUAAACGGAACGGUUAACUCAGCAGGAGGGUGCUACAAUUCAACUACAAAUACCCAAAGCUACUGUUGCUGUUAUGCUGAUAGUUGCAACUGGGCAAUUAGAGGGGAGAAAGAAUUAAAUAAAAUUUUGAUUAGUGGAAUUUUGGCAGUUUUUGUUUUGCUUUUUUGA